GAAGCCAUCAACCGCAGGGGAGGCUGAGAAAAUCUUCGAGAUAGUUAUUCGAGCAGCAGACGCACUGGGUCUCUGCACGCCCUAGCGCGUGUUGCUGCCAUUUACAGCCCCAUGUUACUGCGCGCCCGCAGAGAUGGCAUGUCUGUCUUUAGCCAGGUCCGACGCGUCGUCUCCAGCUCGCCGCCGUAUGGGCCACCUUCACCGCAAGCCCUGCAUAGUGCUUUCGCAUACUCCUACUCGACGCAAGCCUUGGUGCGACGACACGUCCUACGUUGCUCUUCCCGCCGCCCGCCCAUCUCCCGACCACAGUUGCGCGUCCUCCGCACACAAACAAGGCCAAAAGGCGCUCAAUACCCGCAAGCCUCGCCGCCGCUGCACAACUGGUCCUCGACAGUGCACCGUCUACGACACAUUUCUCCUUCCGCCAUGACGAGCCAGACGCAGACUCGCGGCCAUGUGGGCCACUCCCACCACCAUCACCAUGAUAACACCUUCUUGCUCUCCAAGAACAAGAACGAUGCCGGCGUCCGCAUCACCAGAAUAGGCCUGUACGUCAACCUGGGCAUGGCCGUCAGCAAAGGUUUUGGUGGCUACGUCUUCAAUAGUCAGGCACUCAUCGCCGAUGCCAUACACAGUCUCACCGACUUGGUCAGCGACAUCAUGACCCUCGCAACUGUCGGCUGGUCACUCAAGCCGCCCUCAGAACGCUUUCCCAGUGGAUACGGAAAGGUGGAGAGCCUCGGCUCGCUGGGCGUCAGUGGCAUAUUGCUGGCAGGAGGCUUCUUGAUGGGCUGGUCGGCCUUGAUUUCGCUGUGUCAGCAAUUUUUCCCCCAAGCUGCAGAGGUCGCAGCUGGCUGGGGACUGUUGCCGCAUAGUCACGGUCACCACCAUGGCACCGACGGCUUGGGGCCGAACAUCAAUGCGGUGUGGCUUGCUGCAGGUUCAAUUGCCAUCAAGGAGUGGCUGUACAGAGCAACACUCAAGGUUGCCAAAGAACGCAAGUCGACCGUGCUUGCCUCAAACGCCUAUCACCACCGGGUCGAUUCCCUCACCGCUUUUGUAGCCCUCCUCCUCAUCGCCGGAUCGAACGUCCUGAACAAUGCACAGUGGCUGGACCCGGUGGGCGGCUUGGUCAUCUCCCUCAUGGUUGUGCAGGCUGGCUGGGGCAAUACUAAGGCUGCACUGCUGGAGUUGGCCGAUAUUGGUAUCGACACGGAAAUGAAAGACAAUGUGCGGAAAGCAGCCACCAAGGCGCUAGAAGGCAUAACCUCAGCAUCUCAGCCGGUGAAUCUCCGGGCUGUUCAGGGCGUCAAGGCCGGUCAGAACUAUUUCAUGGACGUCGAGCUCGGCGUCCCAGGAACCUGGACCGUUGAGCAAACUCGUGGUGUGGAGAGCUUGGUUCGAGAGCGCGUUGGCGCCAAGGUACGGGGAGUUAAGAAGGUUCGCGUGCGAUUCGUGACCAACUCAGCAGACGAGCCAGACUUUCUGGAUGAGUUUAUCCCAGGCGACCCAUCUGCUACAUCAAGUCCAGAGUCAGAGGCAGCACACGACCACGACCACGAUCAUGAUCACGGCCACAAGCAUAGCGACGACACUACAAGGAGAAGGAAGUGAUAUUGUUCAUACAAGUGUAUAUACAAAGUACACGGCGCUUUGGAGUUGGAUAAAAGGAUUCCCCAGCAUACAUGAUCUUCAAAGUUUAACGCGCAUUAGAUAUCGAACACAAUCUACAUCAUCUGUCGUCUGAA